AGCACACAUCAAUUCGAUUUAACCUCCUCACAUCAUCUUCCAUCAAAUUACCCUCCCUCCCUCCCUCUCUCUCUCUCUCUCUCUCUCUCUUCAAUAGCUGUUCCCUGCCUUUUUCCUCCUCCAUGCUUUCUCUCACCGCCCAUUUCAUCCUCCUCCUCCUCCUCCACCCUCCACCACCAUGAACCCAAAGCUUCCUCAUGGCCUAUUCACCAUGCUCUGGCUAUCCCUCCUCCUGCUGUUGCUUCUCGAGUUCUACAAGUCCAGGUCUCAUCUCGGCAAUAUACACCACGUCGUUGGUCUCGGUAUCGGCACCAGGACCGGAUCAUCCUCAUCCUCCACCUCUCAUCGCCGCAGUUCCGUCAGCAGAAAGGUCUUGGCCAGCAAGUUCGACUUCACCCCGUUCCGGAAACCCCGCGGGAAGAGCCCCCGCGGCCACUCCCCGCACCUGCCGGAUCCGCCCGACGACGGCCGUAAGGUGGACCCCCGCUAUGGCGUGGAGAAGCGGCUGGUCCCGACCGGGCCGAACCCGCUACACCACUGAUUUGAUGCAUAUUCAAUACCCAGUGGCAGUUUUUGCGUUGCUGUAAUCUGCAUGGAAAUCACAUCUCUCUGAAACCAUCCACGACGAUUUGUACCGUCCACCCGGGGUUCCAGAGGACACGAUCUUUCGUCAGCUCCGCCCUGUACAUGCAUUGAGUUGUCACUACUGUGUUAUGAGAAAGAAGAACAUAAUCUUGGGUUUAGUUCAAACUACAAUAAUCUUUUUCCUUUUCUUUUCUUUUUUCUUUUGAUUGUGAUGAUGAACAUCUGGUGCUUGUUUGAUCAGAA